AUGGCUCAAUACUUUCUUGAUUUAUUAUAUACCCUCACAAACUGCAUGAGCUGUUUUCCGGGCUCUCCGCAGCUCAAAAUAAAUAAUCGCAGUUUCAAGAUAUUACGAUUACUGGGCGAGGGCGGAUUUUCCUACGUCUACCUCGUCCAAGAUACCAGCAGUGACAACACCUACGCUGUGAAGAAAAUUCGAUGUCCAUUCGGUCAAGAAUCCGUGGCCCUCGCCAUGAAAGAAGUAGAAGCCUAUGCGCUCUUCUCGCCGCAUCCAAAUAUAAUACACAGCGUGGACUACUGUGUCUCUGCGGAUCGAUCAGAUCCAGGAGCGAAGACGGUGUAUAUUCUGCUACCAUACUAUCGACGCGGAAAUUUACAAGACAUAAUCAAUGCGAACCUGGUGAACCAUACGAAAUUCCCGGAGAAGAGACUGAUGGUUUUGUUUUUAGGAGUUCUGAAUGCACUGAAAGCUAUGCAUCAAUAUAAAGUUAGAGGAGGACCAGGUGGUGCGAAUAGUGUGAAUAAGGCGAAGAAAGUAAGGGCGGAUGCGGCGCGAGCAGACCAGGAAGCUGAAGAGGAAGUGGAAUCGAGGAGGGGAAGACAGAGAGGGAGGGAAACCGAUGAGGAUAGUGAACAGCAGGAACCACUCAUGGAUGGGGAAGUUACAAUGAGUCAAGAAGGUAUUGCGCCAGGAGGAGCUAGGGCGUAUGCGCAUAGAGAUAUUAAACCAGGAAACAUCAUGAUUGACGACGACGGCGUCCAACCCAUCUUAAUGGAUCUCGGAUCCCUAGCUCCCUCACCCACACCAAUAACCUCCCGAUCACUCGCCCUAGCAGUACAAGACCAAGCAGCCGAGCACUCCACCAUGCCCUAUCGCGCACCCGAACUCUUCGAUGUAAAAACAGGCAGUACUAUCGACACCAAAGUCGACAUUUGGUCGCUAGGAUGCACGCUAUACGCAUGUCUUGUCGGGAAAUCGCCCUUUGAGAUGCGCAGCGAUGAGACAGGAGGAAGUCUGAGCAUUUGUGUAUUAGGUGGCGAUUGGCGAUUUCCCGACGAAGGAGCUGGUGGAAAAAAGAAGACCACAAACCAGACGGGACAAAGUGAAGAUAGUGGUAUUAGCGAAAGUAUACGGGAAGUGGUGCGGAAAUGUUUGAAGGUGGAACCCAAUGAGAGACCAGAUGUAGAUGAAUUGAUGGAGAUUGUACGGGGGGUAAUUGAGGAGUUGCCCGAGGAUGGCCCUUCAUGA